GUUAGUCGUGUCGGUCGUUCCCGCUUCCACUCGCUGACUGGACCGCUUCAGCCCGCAUUGGUUGAAAUCGUCGCCGUAGUUGUCGUCGUCGGGUCGCCGUUCAUACUCGCAAGUGCUGCAAAUAUAUAUUUCUAGCAUUCGAAGAAAAGCGGAGCAGAAAAUAGACAGAACACACAGAAAAGUAUAAAUAAAAAGCGCAUCACAGCUUUUGUGUUUCGUUUAGUUUUUCAACAAUUUCAAACAUUUUCCCUCAGUUCUCGUGCUAAUCGACAAAGAACAAAAGAAAUACGCGGAGCGAAUCGUCGAAGCAAGCAACUUAAACCAACCAACCACACACACACACAAGAAAAUCAAAUUUCAAUCAGAAAAUGGCGUUAAAAAGAAUCAAUAAGGAACUGCAAGAUCUGGGCAGAGAUCCACCUGCACAAUGUUCAGCUGGACCAGUUGGCGAUGAUUUAUUUCACUGGCAAGCUACAAUAAUGGGCCCGCCGGACAGCCCUUAUCAAGGAGGUGUAUUUUUCUUAACCAUACAUUUUCCAACAGACUAUCCUUUUAAACCACCAAAAGUGGCUUUUACAACACGUAUAUACCAUCCAAACAUUAACAGCAAUGGAUCGAUUUGUCUCGAUAUAUUAAGAUCUCAGUGGUCGCCAGCAUUAACUAUUUCAAAAGUCUUAUUAUCUAUUUGCUCUCUACUCUGUGAUCCAAAUCCGGAUGACCCGCUUGUUCCAGAGAUUGCCAGAAUAUAUAAAACUGAUCGGGAAAAAUACAAUGAGCUGGCACGAGAGUGGACUAGAAAGUAUGCUAUGUGAUGCGUUCCAGUUUGCAGCAACAGUCCAACAACAACAACAACAAUAAUAACAACAAAUUCAACAUCAGAAACAACAGCAACAAAGAUAGCAGUUUACAGCAAUAGUUACAACAACAAUAAAGCUAAUCGAAGCUGCAGCGGCCGCAGUGCGGCUGUUCAUACCAACAACAACAUCAAUAAGAGCAACAUCUACAACAACAACAAUAGAAGCAGCUGCAGCUUCGACAACAACAAGAACAUCGUCUACAAAAACCACAACAGCAACAACAUCAAAGAUAUCAAGUGCAGCGGCGGCGACGGCAACAACAACCACCAUUAUUGCCAUAUUGCCACGUUUGGAGCGGAGGGGACGAUGUUAAAAUCACAAGAACCACAACAGCAACAACAACUGAGCAAAUGGCAGAUUGGAAAUAAGUUUUGACCGAACAGCAUAAAGAGAAAAGAAAUUAAUUUAAUAAUAAUUAAUGAAAAAUUAUGUAAGCAUAAAACAUUUAAAGCUAAACACAGCUACCAACAUCAGCAUCAAACACAAUAAAUUAAAUAAAAAAUAAUAAUAAAAAUUAAAAAAUACAAAGAAAAACCAACCUACAAAUAAAAAUCAGCUGGAAGAAAAUUAUUAUUAUUAUUAUAUUAUAUUUAAAGAACCGGAAAAAAAUAAAAAAUUAUAUAAAUUCAAUUCAUAUCCAUUAAGCGAAAAGUAAAACCAUUUGAGAGAUCCCCUCCCCCCAGACCCCCUAUACACCCCAGACACACACUUAUUAUUACAUUUAUAAUUAAACAAUGAUUUCUUUUAUGAAUUACAACAAGAAAAAUGAAAAUUAACAAAAAACGAAAAGAAAUGAAAGUUUGAGUUCAGUCA